UGCUAUUAAAGCUCUGAGGACCAAGGGGCAUUGGUCAGAAAUAUCUCUCCAGAUCAGCUACUAGGGGGAAAAAAAAUACUGAAUUAUUAAGGAUUAAGCCCUACUUAUCACAAUGCACUGCCUGAAAAGUCUGAGGACAGCUAACCCGGGAAUCUUACAGCUAUUUAAAAAUGCAGGGAUCUCCGCCAGAGUUGGAGCUGACAACAUUGUUGUUUUGUCCAGGAGGCAGCAACCUGUUCCCUGCUGGGCUGCAGCAUCACCCCACACCCACAAAGCCUUUCACUACCAGAAAGACCCUGAUGUGGACCAAGGACACCCCAAGAGUAGGUUCAUGUCCAGUAUGGAGGAUCUACUUUUCUACACUAUCACGGAAGGCAAAGAGAUGAUCCCCCUGUCCCAGUUCAUCUCUGCUUUGAGAAAAACAGGUUUGUUGACGUCUGACCCUCGAUUGCGUGACUGUGUCCAUCAGAUGCGACAAUUCUCACGUGACUCUACCGGGCCAGUCAUGAUGGACCAGAAGCUCUUCAGAAGGUGUGUGGGCAACAACAUCAUACUGCUGACUAAGGCUUUCAGAAAGAAGUUCAUCAUUCCAGACUUUGAACAGCUGACUCAGCACAUCAAUAGGAUGUAUGACAAUGCGCAACAGCAGGAGGCAGGACAAGUAGCUGAUUACAUUCCUCAGCUGGCUAAAUUCAGCCCUGAUCUCUGGGGUGUGUCUCUGUGCACGAUUGAUGGGCAGAGACACUCUGUGGGUGACACCAAGGUUCCCUUUUGUCUGCAGUCAUGUGUGAAGCCUCUGGAAUACGCCAUCGCUCUGCACGAGUUUGGCAGUGACCACGUUCACCAAUUUGUGGGCAAAGAGCCCAGCGGAUUCAAGUUCAACAAACUGUCGCUAAAUGACGAAGAUAAACCACACAACCCGAUGGUAAAUGCCGGAGCUAUCGUCCUCAGUUCUUUAAUUAAGCCUCAUUCAAAUAAGGCAGAGAGGUUUGACCACGUGAUGGAGUUCUUGAAAAGCUUGGCGGGUUCAGAGUAUGUGGGCUUUAGCAAUGCAACUUUCCAGUCUGAGAGGGAUACCGGUGAUAGGAAUUAUGCAAUUGGUUAUUACCUCAAAGAGAAAAAGUGCUUUCCUGACAAUGCAGAUAUGACAGCAGCCCUUGACUUCUACUUUCAGUUGUGCUCCAUUGAGGUGACUUGUGAGUCAGGAAGUGUCAUAGCUGCCACACUGGCCAACGGGGGUAUUUGUCCAAUCACAGGUGAGCGUGUGCUGAGCGCUGAAGCUGUUCGCAACACCCUGAGCCUCAUGCAUUCCUGUGGCAUGUACGACUUCUCCGGACAGUUUGCCUUCCAUGUGGGCUUGCCUGCUAAAUCUGGCGUUUCGGGUGCUGUUCUGCUGGUUGUCCCCAACGUCAUGGGCAUCAUGUGUUGGUCUCCACCUUUAGACCGGCUCGGAAACAGUGUUCGUGGCAUUCACUUCUGCCAGGAGCUGGUGUCUCAUUUCAACUUCCACAAUUAUGACAACCUGAGGCACUUUACCAAGAAACACGAUCCCAGGAAUAGAUCAGAUGAAGAUUCAAACAAGUCAGUGGUAAACCUGAUGUUUGCAGCCUACAGUGGUGACCUCACUGCUCUGAGGAGGUUUGCCCUUUCAGCUGUGAACAUGGAGCAGAGGGACUACGACUCUCGCACUGCGCUCCACAUUGCUGCUUCAGAAGGUCAUGCAGAAGUUGUUGUCUUCCUAACUGAAGUAUGUAAAGUGAAUCCCCACAUGAAAGACAGAUGGGGGAACACACCUCUAGAUGACGCCAUGCAGUUUGGCCAUGAUGUUAUUGUUUCAGUCUUGCAACAGUACAUAGAGAGCAACGCACCAUGCAACACAGAGGAGCAGAAGACCACACUGGAUACGUACAGCACAUUGAAAAGCAUCGUCUAAACUAGAGAUGGUCCAAUACCAUUUUUUGCUUCCCGAUACCGAUACCUGAACUUGCAUAUUGGCCGAUAACAAGUACUGAUCCUAUACCAUGUGUCAUAUAUUUUAUUAUGUUUUAACAGCUGUAUACAACUAUCCCUGUAUGGAAGUGAUAUGAGUGCUAUCUUUGUUGUCAGGUUUAACUCUUUGCGAAACAUAAAUAAACACAAACAAUGAAUGCCAUAGAACUUUCUUUUAUUAUCCAGUUUGACAGUGAGUCAUAACGGGAAAAGAACAUAAAUAACCUACUUUAACAUAGAUUUUCUUCUGGGCAAAAUUAGGUGGUAUCGGAUCGGUGCAUAAACUCCAGUACUUUCCGAUACUGGCAUUUAAGGCAGUAUCGGAGGCUUUUCAGAUACUAGUAUCGGUAUCGGAAUACUCUAGUCUAAACCACAAGGGAUCAUAAAGGUUUGUAAUGGAAAUUAAUCUAUUUUAUUAUGAGAGGACUGAAAGGACUCAGGAUGAUUGAGAGACAUGAUGAAUGAUUGAGUUUAUCUUUAAUAUGGUAAUAUGUUAUAUAUUUAGACUGCUGAAAAGCUAUUCAGUGCAAUAUUAAGUCCCUUUUAAUGUAUUUCUGCAGACUGGAGAAAUUGUUCAACAAUGUAAAGUAUCAACAAAGCACUAUAUAAUCAGGCAAUCUGUUGUUUGCGUGGAAAUUACAUUAAUUUAAGCCAUUAUUUGGCUUGAGUUGCAAUUUAAUAAACUGUUUUUGUGCUCAGCUUCUGAUAGAAAAUGCCACUGUGAUGUAAAUAUCUAAUAUAUUGUGCCUAUUUAUUGUUUAAAUAUUGAAAUAUAUUUUGCUUCAUCGGUAUGUCAUUUAAUCAGGGGAUUGUAUGGCCCUGUGUAAUAACUAUAUAUAUAUAUAUAUUCCCAAAGCUGCUAUAUUAAUUAUUCUAACUCAAUAGGAGGUGAUACUGUUGUAUUUGUGCCUGUGACACUGGAAGGACUGUUUCAUUGUAGCUCAUUGAGGCUCAUAGGUCAGUUUAUUCACUGCUGAUACCUUGUGUUGAUGUGGUUAUUGUUUUCUUUAUAGCUUUUUAUUCGUCACUUGUUAUUAGAGAAACAUCUGCAUAUUUCAGGCGCUGAGAACAGUGCACAUUUGGGUUACUCUAAC